AUGCCCGGAAAGACCUGCCGCAAGCACACCCCGCACAAGGUCACCCAGUACAAGACUGGUAAGGCCUCCGUGUUCGCCCAGGGUAAGCGUCGUUACGACCGGAAGCAGUCUGGUUUCGGUGGUCAGACCAAGCCCGUCUUCCACAAGAAGGCUAAGACGACCAAGAAGAUUGUGCUCCGUCUUGAGUGCACUGUCUGCAAGUUCAAGCAGCAGCUGGCCAUCAAGCGCUGCAAGCACUUCGAGCUCGGCGGUGACAAGAAGACCAAGGGUGCCGCUCUUGUGUUCUAA